AUGCCACUUGCUAACUUUCUGUGGUUGAACGAAGCGUGCGGUAAAAAGGCGGUAAGGGGUAUUAUAUGUGGCGUAUGUGAAGAAUGGGCUCACCAAAAGUGCACAGGGGACUCUUCGGAGAUCUACGCAUUGUACUGUAAACAUAUUGGACUAAAAUGGGUGGGCAACGGUUGCAAAACGAUUGCACGCCAUCAUAAAGCCAAAGUUGCUAUCGCCGGAAAGUCACCAAGACUGACCGAAACAAAACGAGUGGAGAGUAAGGAAGUGACAUCUUCAGUGGUAACAGCCAACACCUAUGCCGAGGUGGUAAAGAAAACACCUCCAAGUAAACCAGCUCCAGAAACUCGUCAAAUGCAACCAAAUGCUAAGAUUGUCAAACCUAAGCCGAAAACAGAAAAUUCGCGCACCGCCAAGGGAGUCCACGGUAUUCUGAGCAACAGCCUGCACCAUAUCGAGAGUGAACCGCACAAAUUGCGUGCAGAAGUAGCCUCGAUCAACGCUAUUAGGGCGAAUAGAACGUCUAGGUGCAACACCUUACUGCUACUCAAUAAAGAGGAACCAAUAAUCAGGGAGUCUAAAACCCGGCGUGAACUGAACCGACGCCGAGUGAUUGACAUUCUUCGACUGGUAGGCCUAGAUACAAAAUGCCUUAUAAAAAGGUGUUUGGAAGCAGCCCAACCCAAACAGAGUGCCAGCGACCCGACCAAUACUAGUGGAGUUCGGAGGGGCUGGACCAAGGGGAAUGCUCUUAUCAAAAGCAUCCCUCGUAAGUCAACGCACAAAGGGGCGCUACAACAUAGCCCCGGACAACCCAAGGCCACAUGGGACGGUAGCCUAUAA